AUGUUACGUUCACUACAAACAGUUGCUGCUUUAGCUAACAGAAGAUUAUAUUCUGUCAAAUCGCACUCGAACCGAAACAAAAUCAUCAAAACUCUUUUGACUCAUCGUUCAUUCGACCCAAUUCGCCGUCACUUACCUACGGAUAUAGCGAGUGCUGAUCCGUAUUCUCUCUCACAGAAUGUUAUCAAAAGCCUAAACACACUAGGCCUUCCCAAAGAAGAUGCAGCGAUAAUACACAAUAUGAUGAUAGAAAACCUAAGUAACCUGGACUACAGCAUUGCAACAAUUCACUCCAAGAAUUUGCAUGAACUUGAUUUGAAGCCAUCAAUUUCUGCAAUAAAACAAAUCGUCAAAAACAAUCCGGGAAGAGUAGAGAGUUCAUGGGAGCUUUUUACAAAAUAUAAAGCUUCAGUAGAAAUCAUUCCUGAUGAGUUAAUUGAGGUGGUUCUAGAAAAAAUUAUUAAUUUCGACAAUGCUGAAAAGGUCGAUGGGAAAAAACAAUUAACUUUUCAAGACCUGGUAAGAUGUCUCUAUUUAAUAGAUCACCUCUCUCCCAACCACGUUGUAUCUUCAAAGCUCGUUGAAUCGAUUCUUACAUACACAAUAGAUAAUGGAAUACCUAAUGUUUUUGCUUUCUUGCUCAAACACAAAAUACCGUUGAACUUCUUUGAUAAGUAUAUUGAUGAAAUGACACCCUGCCAGAUUUUUGAACUCUAUAGGUUUUUCCCAAUUGAUGUAGUAAUAACCAACAUACCGAUACUACAUAAAUGUGUAGCAGUUCUAGGUAAGAACGAAACGAUCCCACUAACUGAAGAAGAAAAAGAAACGACGACAAAGUUAGAAGAAGAGGCAGAAAUUGUUAAAUUACAAUGUCAUGAUAAUUGGAAUCUUGAUAUUCCAAAAGAGGAUGCGUACAAAACAGAGGAUGCAUUCAAAAACUUAUUUGUAGAAAUUCAAAAAAGAGAACUAGAUAGAAAAGAUUUCGGAUUAGCUCUUACUUUACUGAGAGUAACCGGAGUUUUUAAAGGUAACAUAUCCUUGUUCUUUGAGUUAUAUCACGAAUACCUUUUGAGAUUCGAACGCAACGAGGACAGCUUAAUGUUUGAAGCCUUUUUAACGCUUUGCUACCAGGGCUAUAAGAGAGAUAACAGCAAAAUGUUGCAAUAUGCCGAAGCUUUCGUUAAAGAGGGUACUAGUGCCAAACUUCAAAGCCAAAUUUUUAGUGUACUAAUUGUCGCCAAUGCAAAAACAAACAUCGACUUAUCGCUUGAGAUUUACAACUCAAACAUAGCCAAGGCUCACAGAGAGAAAGACGAAUCCACGGAUCUUUCUGAGAGUGACAUACUGACUGAGUCGCUAAUUUUAGCUUUCUUAUCCAAAGAUGAUGCCGAUUUUGCCAGAGUCGUCUUUGAUGGUGCAUUGGGAGAGAAAGUUCUUUCAGGACCUACUGCUGCUAAAAAGAUAAAGAAGCUUUUUGCACAGUACGGAGAAGCAGUAGAGGCCAAAGAAAGUAUAAAAGUCAUGCAAUCUAGGAUAGAACAUUAUAUGGAAAAUAUUUAA